CUGCCGGGGGCUCUCUUGCAGGAGAAGGAUCUCAUCCAUAAACUUUUCAAAGUGCUGGUUCCCCGCUUCCAGCGUUACUCCGGAAACUACACCCGCAUGUUCCAGAUUCCUAACAGUGAUGACCUGAACCGGGUUAAGAUGGCCGUCAUCGAAUACAAGGACAACCCGCUCCCGCCUCUUCCGGUGCCCGGCAGGGACAGCGAGAAGACUUUGGUCAACCAGCUCCUGAAAGGAUACCGGAUGGAGGUGCGCAGGGACAGAAAAGCCAAGGGUGCUGAGCAGCAGGCGGGCACACCUGUGUAGAGAGAGAGAGGUGUGUUCCUUCUGGGGGGGGGAGAGGAAGGGAAAAAGUGGACCCUCUGCCCAGGCGGGGCCUCGCUUGCUUGCUCGCUCGCUCGCUGCCCAAGGGGCUCAGGUGGCUUCUCCGUCGGAACCCCUAGGGUUGCCUCUCUUGUCCCUGGUUUUGGUUUGGCUGUUUAAAACCACAUACAGUUUUUGUCAGCUGUGGUAAACAAAGUGGGGGCUCUUUCUUGCUGCUGUGAUGAGAACUUAAAGGAAGCAAAGCAGGGUUCCUGUUGUUCUUGUGGAAAUAAAUAUGAGUACUGUGUA